AUGAUGCCCAGCACUCAAGUACCCCUCAAGGCUUUGUCCCUAGGAGAACACAUCCCGCAGGACUCGUUUCCUUCCCAACCUCAGGACAUCCAUUCUGGUGUGGUACCAAAUGCCACUAUAGUCCACGGAUACUCCUUUUAUGAUGUUACUCCCCGGACUGUAUCCAUGGCUGAAGAAACCUAUGAUGAUGUUACUUCCCGGACUGUAUCCAUGGCUGAAGCAACCUGUGAUGAUGUUCCUACUGAACAUCAUUUUUUCCUUGACUCAUUUACCUCGUACACUCCGUACCAUUCUCCUUCCUGGACCUUAUCCAAGGCUCCGGGAGACUGUGAAGAUGUUCUCGCAGAACAUCAGCCUCUCCAUAGCUCCUUUCCUUUUCCACUUCAGGAUGCCGUUCCGGCCCAGACAGGACCCAGGACUCCAUCAAUCCGGGAUGAUUCCUGGAGCAAGUGCCAGAGCCCUCAGGAUUUGACUGAUGUGCUUCUGGACACGACCGGCUCUUCAAGUCCUUCCGCCGAGGUGCCUGGCUGUCGAGGAUUUGAAGAACUGUCAACUGUUCAAGAUGCUUACGAGGUCCCACAAAAGUUGCAGGUUCGACAACGGGGCGAAAAUCGCAAGGAGGCCGUCGUGUCAAGCAACGGACCGGAAAGUAGGUUGCUUUCAUCUAAUGCACUCGAUGAUGACGAUGUUCUUACUGUUGACGUGCUAGUCUUUCCGACGUUCGAGGAGAACCAAUCUCAAUACCCGCAGCAGAGCGACGCAGCGUUAGAUAGCCUCACGGCAGGCGAGUUCGAUGAUGGUGGUGACGAUGAGGAUGAACUGGCACAAUUCUUCACCUUCCCGACGUAUAAUGCACUGCCGGAAUGGUGUGCAGCUUGA